AUGCCAGAUGGAUAUGGAGUUGAUCACAAUUGGCACAAGUGGAAUAUUUUUUGGGAGCUUCCAUAUUGGAAAGAUCUUCUAUUGGGGCACAACCUUGACGUGAUGCACAUCGAGAAAAACUUUUUCGAUAAUUUCAUCGUUACGCUUCUGAAUGUGCAGGGUAAAACAAAAGAUAGCAGGAGAUCUAGGUUGGAUUUGGCGGAAAUAUGUGCAAGGAUCGAUUUACAUAUUAGAAGAGAUGGGAAAUUACCAGUACCCCAGUUUCGAUUGUCAGCAGAGGCUAAGAAGGUGUUGUUCGAGUGGGUUAAAUCUGAAGUGAAGUUUCCAGAUGGAUUUGUCUCAAAAUUUUCAAGAUGUGUGGAGCAAGGCCAAAAAUUUUCAGGUAUGAAGAGCCAUGAUUGUCAUGUCUUCAUGCAACGGCUACUACCAUUUGUAUUUCUUGAGCUCUUGCCAACACAUGUUCAUGAAGCUAUUACAGGAAAGGCCAAAAAUCUUGCCAGAGUUGAGGGGUCGAUAGUCGUCGGGAGUUUAACAGAGGAAACAUCUCACUUCACAUCAUACUACUUUAGCCCCACCGUGAGAACCAAAAAAACACGUACUCGACGAUAUGAUGACGGAGGCGUUGCACCUACAUAUAACGUUUCUGAUGUUCCAGAUAUCUUUGCUCAGAUAGGAAGACUUGCUGGAAAGUUAAAGGAAGUAUGGUGGGAAGAUCAUAGCUAUUGUCGAACAGCUCACAAUUACAUCUUGAGGAAUCUAGAUUAUGUUCAACCUUUUGAAAGACUUUUUGAAAUGCAGAUUCGUGAAACAUAUCCGAAUUUUGAAGAAUCUGACUAUGAGGCUUAUAAAGAGCGGGAUUUCGCUAAUUUGUUAAAAUACUAUGUUCAGAAUGGAUGUGGAAAUGAACCCUUGCCUCUUUGGUUGCAUGAGCUUGUUCAAGAACCAAGAGCGAAGAUCACUACCGCUCCGAUGUACUUUACUUGCGGUUAUACUUUUCAUAUGUACGCACAUAGAAGUUGCAAAGCUACAGAAAAUUAUGGAAUUUAUGUACAAGCUCGUGAUAGCGAUUUCUAUGGCGUUUUGCAACAAAUAUUAGAAGUUGAUUAUCCAGGCCUUCUGAAUCUGAGAUGCGUACUUUUCAAGUGUAACUGGUACGAUCCAUCGGCCCGAAGCGUUCGAGUAAAUAAUUGGGGAGUUGUUGAUGUGAAUGCGAACAGAUCGUACCCCAAAUUUGAUCCUUUCAUCCGAGCAUCACAAGCACAACAAGUGAGCUUUCUGUCCUAUCCUCGUUUAAGGCCAAGACGUGAAAUGUGGUUAUCAGUCAUUAAAGUUAAUCCUCGAGACCGUAUAAUCGGGUUAGUUGAUGAUCAAGUCAUGUUGCAACAAGAAAAUGUCGGUGAAAUUUCUAUUCCAAACAUAUCAACAUAAGAUGUUAUCCACAUUGAUCCACAAAACAGGCAAGUAGAAGAUGUUGAUGAUGUUUCUGAAGAAGAGGGUGAAUUAGACGAAUUCGAAGAGUCCGAUGAUGGAGAAGAUUCUAACGAUGAUAAUGUAAUUUCUAGUAGUUCAGAAAAUGAAUUUGAUUGACCAAUUGUAUUUUUUGUUGUUUUUUUUUUUUAAUAAAAAUUUAUCAAUUUGCGACGUAUUUGCGUUGGAAGUGCGAGUGAAUGCUUACAAUGUCUCGCAAUGUCGUCGUAAGUCCCUCGCAAAAGCCUAUACCCUAAACAUUAUUUGCGAGCGACUUACGAGUAUAACCUACAUUUAAACAUUGCGAGGGAUUUGCGAUUGAUUUGCUAGUGAUUUGCAAGUGACUAGCGAGGGAUUCUUGCUAGUUCUCGCAAAUACGUCGUUACUCCCUCACAAAUUAUAUACCCUAAACACUAAAUGCUCAAACCCUAAGCUUUUGCACAUUGCAAUGGAUUUUUGUGUCUCAAUGUGGAUAACAUCUUCUUUUGAUAGGUUUGCAAUGGAAAUUUUAACAUCUUUCAAGUUGCAACACAACUUGAUCAUCAACUAACAUGAUGAUCCACUAAACCCUAAAGUAGAAGAUGUUGAUGAUGUAUUUGAAGAAGAGCUUGAAUUAGAAGAAUUUGAAUUGUCUGAUGAUGAAGAAGAUUCUAAUGAUGAUAAUGGAAUUUCUAGUAGUUAAGAAGAUGAAUUUGAUUGAGCAAUUGUGGUUUUUCUUGUUUUUUCAAAAAAGAUUUAUCGAUUUGCGAUAGAUAUGCGAGGGAAUGCUUGCAAGGUCUCGCAAAGUCGUCGUUAAUCCCUCGCAAACCUAUACCCUAAACAUUUAAAUAUUGCAAGGGAGUUGCAAGGAUCCCUAGGUAAUCCCUUGCAAAAUCCUAAACCCUAAACACAACUGGAGUCUAGCUUAUCCCUUGCAAUAUUUAAGUAUUUGCGAGGGAUCCCUAGGUAAUCCCUCGCAAAAUCGUAAACCCUACACACAACUGGAGUCUAGCUUAUCCCUCGCAAUAUUUAAGUAUUUGCGAGGGACCCCUAGGUAAUCCCUCGCAAAAUCGUAAACCCUACACACAACUGGAGUCUAGCUUAUCCCUCGCAAUAUUUAAUAUCUUGCGAGGGAUUUGCGAGUGGCCCUAGUUAAUCCCUCGCAAAUCGUAAACCCUAAACACCAAUAGUCUAGCAAAUCUCUCGCAAUAUUUAAUAAGUGUGACAGAGUUGCGAGGGCGCAUAGGUAAUCCCUCGCAAAUUUUGCGAGAGAUUUGCGAGAUUCC